UUGUGUGUCUCGUGAACCGUAGACACCGCCCCUCCUACCCACCCUCGCUCCGGUGGAAACAGCAGACUGUCGGUUAGGUCCACUGCCUGUAAACACAUCACAACCACAAUGAACCGAAACGGCGAAGUUACCGGGCCCCGCGUUCCGUCGCCACUAACGUUGACCAUGUAAACCGACGAGUAAGUCCGUGUCUCUCGAGCGGUUCAGCUGUGGAUUUUGGACACAGUAUCUGGACCUGUCAACGCUGUGGCCGCUGCUUUCACAGGCUGUUUUCAUGCGGACGUUGUCAUAAUGGUCGCCGGUUGAGUUGUGUGAACCAAAGGUAGCCCGUUAACGGUUGAACAAAACACCCCGGUGUGUUUUUCACACUGUGACCACUCGCUAAGCUACAGACAUUUCAGGGGAACUUGAACAUGGCAUCGGCCGCAGAGCACGACCUGGCUCUGUCUGAGGCGGACAGCAGCAAAGAGAAGGCUCAGGUGUUUGGAAUACUGAGAUUGCAGGAGGAGAAGUGUGGAGCUGGAGACAAAGCUAACAGUAGCAGCACAAUGAGAGGAGGAGCAGCAGCAGCAGCAGCAGGAGGCAGCGGAGGAGUUGACGGCCGGUGGCAGGCUCCUAUCUUCGCUUUGGCUAGGAAAGCAUCCGAAACCAUUUCGGGGAGCAUUCAUGUGCUGCCCAAAGUGUCGGAGCACAGGACGUCUCUGCCUGGGGAGUGGACUGUCCAAGCUCUGCGAGACCCGAUGGCCAUGGAACGAGCCAACCUGCUGAACAUGGCCAAGCUGAGCAUUAAAGGCCUGAUUGAGUCGGCUCUGAGCUUCGGACGCACACUGGACUCGGACUACCCGCCCCUCCAACAGUUUUUUGUUGUCAUGGAGCACUGUCUCAAACAUGGUCUCAGAGUAAAGAAGUCAUUUCUAGGCUUUAACAAGUCUCUGUGGGGUCCUCUGGAGCUGGUGGAGAAACUGUGUCCUGAAGCAGCAGAGAUUUCAGCAUCUGUCCGUGACCUGCCAGGACUAAAGACGCCUUUAGGCAGAGCCAGGGCCUGGUUGCGUCUCGCUCUCAUGCAAAAACGACUGGCCGACUAUCUGCGACUUCUCAUCACCAGAAAAGACCUCCUCAGUGAUUUCUAUGAGAACUCAGCACUGAUGCUGGAGGAGGAGGGAGCCGUGAUCGUGGGCCUGCUGGUGGGCCUGAACGUCAUCGAUGCUAACCUGUGUGUCAAAGGAGAGGACCUGGACUCCCAGGUCGGCGUAAUCGAUUUCUCCAUGUACCUGAAAAACGACAUAGAUGAUUACAGGAGUGAAGAGAGGAACAGCCAGAUAUCAUCCAUCUUGGACCAGAAGAACUAUGUAGAGGAACUGAAUCGACAACUGAACUCCUCAGUCCAUGGUCUCCAGGGAAGAGUUGACACUUUGGAAAAGUCCAACUCCAAACUCAUAGAGGAGUUAGCCAUAGCCAAGAACAACAUCAUUAAACUGCAGGAAGAGAACCAGCAGUUGAGGAGUGAAAACAGCCUCAUUCUCCUGAAAGCACAACAACAUUUAGAGGUAACUCAAGGUGAUGUAUCAUUGGAGAGAGACACGUACAAACAGUCUCGUCAGGGUUUGGACGAGAUGUACAACGAGGCUCGGAGACAGCUGAAGGAGGAGUGUCAACUCAGACAGGAUGUGGAGAAUGAGCUGGUCGUCCAGGUGUCAAUGAAACAGGAAAUGGAGCUGGCCAUGAAACUUCUGGAGAAGGAUAUUCAUGAAAAACAGGACACACUGAUCGGCCUGAGACAUCAACUGGACGAGGUCAAAGCCAUCAACGUAGAAAUGUACCAGAAGAUGCAUACGUGUCUCAUUUCUCAGUCGUCCGAUGAGGAGAUGAAGAAGAAGAACGAUAUGAUCAGUCGCCUGGAGGAGAAGACCAAUCAGAUCACUGCCACCAUGAAGCAGCUGGAGCAAAGAUUACAGGAGGCAGAGAGGCACCGCACCUCGGCCGAGGAGGGAACCAGACGCUUCAAGCUGGACUUUGCCAACAAGGCCGACAGCCUGCAGCGGCAGAUCGAGCACAAAGAGAAACAACUGCAGCAGCUGGAGACGGACCUGAAGAUAGAGAGGGAGUGGAGACACACUUUACAAAAUGAUCUGGACAGAGAGCGAGACACGGUGUCUCAACUCAGCACAGAAGCGCUGCAGAUCAAUGGACUAAAAAAAGAGUUCCAUCGUCUCCAGGAAGAAAACUUUCAGCUGAAGACAAUCUGUGAAGACCAAGAACAGGCUCUGGAGGAACUGGGCUCCAAACUCAGCGAGUCCAAACUGAAGAUUGAGGACAUCAAAGAAGCCAACAAAGCUCUUCAGGGGGGACAGGUUUGGCUGAAGGACAAGGACGCCAGCCACUGCAAACUCUGUGAGAAGGAGUUUUCCAUCUCGAGAAGAAAGCACCAUUGUAGAAACUGCGGCGAGAUUUUCUGCAACAGUUGCUCCGACAACGAGCUCCCUCUGCCUGCGUCACCAAAACCAGUACGAGUGUGCGACACGUGCCACGCCCUCCUCCUCCAGCGAUGCUCGUCCAAUCCAACGUGAGCGCGUGUCCCCGGGGGCUGCCGUCAGGAGGACGGACAGACAGAUCACACUCUCCUGUCCUUGUCCUUCUGUGAGACCAAAACCCUUCUCCUAACUUACCUGAACAGUGUUUGCUGCUAGGAACAAGUGGACCACGUGCAUGAAUGUGAAGAACAUGACUGCUCUUUUAAUUGCAAGUUAAAGAAAAUGAAAGAAAAAACAAAGUCAAAAACAAAUUCACCUCACGGUCGUUAAUCUAUCAGGCCUGUUUGAGUUUGAUGUCACUACUGUUUCUGUGUCUGGUCACUAUUCUCUUUAGUUUUGUGCCAUGUUGUUGAGCGCACGCAAGUAUGUUUUGUACGUGUUAUCUUUUUACACACAAAACUCACUGUCCACUUACUCAACUCAACACAGAUGAGUUACAAAUGAGCCCAAAUUUCAGCCAAUUGUUGACUGACUUACAGUAUAUGCAAAUUAUUACUGAUUUUACACUGUAAAAAAUAUUGACUGAAUCAAGUAGAGUUGAAUUAUGUUACACAGGUGGCUUCACUGCAACAGUAAAAACAUAUACUAACUAGAUCACACGUAAAUCCCUGGAUCAGAUAUCGAACAGAUAAUAAUAAAUGUGAAGACUGUAGCUGUGUCUUUGAAAUGGCUCAACAGAAAGCUGCGUUGAGUUAAGCGGAGUGAGAAACAUACGGCAUGCACGUACAAAAAGAACAACGUGGCACAAAAAUAACGCUGUGUAAGUCAGUCCACAGCUGAGGAGUUGGAAAUGAUAAUGUGUGAGUAAAAUAUUCCCUGUUCAGACCUGGUGUUAACAUGCGUCCUCAUUGAUCCAGUCAUGUCCACACUUAGAACCCUCCCACUUUUGUACAAAAUUUGUACUCAGAUCCAGAAACCACAUUCGGAGGUGGUUUUGAGCACACAUUUAUUCACAUUUUUGAGUGUAUGCAGAAACACAAUCUACCCUCAGGACACAUUAGAGUACGGCUGCAAUUUACGAUUGUUUUCAUAAUCGAAUAAUCUGUCCAUCUUUUUCUCAAUUAAUCGAGUAAUCGUUUGGACCAGAAGAUGUUGAAGAAAUGAUGAUGUUCUCAGAUGUCUUUGUUUUCUGAUUCAGUUUGAAUGAUUUCUUUGUUAUAUGUAGCAAAGAAACUAUAGAUUAUAAAACUAUAAAUAUUCACAUCUAAGAAGCUGAAAAAUCAGAGAAAC